AUGAAUUUUGUUGAUCAACACGAUGGAGGUGUAAGACGAAAAGCGCAGAACGCAAAACGCAAAGCGCAGCAAAAUGCUCCUAGCAUUACGCCAACUCGACACAAAACCUGUUUUCUCCGGCCGGACACUGGGCCCUGUCGAGCUGAUAUCAUCCAAUGGUAUUAUGAUGUGAGACAAAGCAAAUGCUAUAGAUUCUUCUGGGGUGGUUGUCAAGGCAACGGCAAUCGUUUUGAAACACAGGAACAAUGCUAUGAACAUUGCUACUUGGAUAUUAAAGACAGCCAAGCGCAAAUCCCACAUUUCUGUUCGUUAACAUUUAAUUAUGGUGACUGUUUCGGGUAUUUCAAUCGUUGGGCUUGGGAUACAUUGAGCAAGACUUGCAAGCGCCAUCUCUAUUCAGGAUGCGGCGGUAAUCAGAACAACUUUCAAACACAUCAAGAGUGCAUAGAAACAUGUCUCAAACCACCUAACAACACAUUGAGUAGAAGUCAUUCCUUCACUACUUGUAUACCCGCGAUAAAUAUCCCUGAAGUCCAUUGACAUAAUAUGUGAAUCUAUUUAUAUGGUAUAAAUGGUUUAAGUGUCUAAUAAAGAAAUAAAGACAACAAUGUAUUUAA